UCAUCAUCCUAUUUUUAUCCAUAAAAGCACCCACACUUCCUCUUCAACCUUCCUCAUCUGCAACAAUGGAGACAACCCAGACAGAGCCAACGUGGCCACAACUCCUAGGCAGCAACAACUGGGAGAACCUCCUCGACCCUCUCCACCUCAACCUCCGCAAACUCAUCCUAACAUGCGGCGACUUCUGUCAGGCAACCUACGACGCAUUCAACAACGACCAGAACUCCAACUACUGUGGAACCAGCCGGUACGGCAAGAACAAGUUUUUUCAGAAAGUCAUGCUCGAAAACGCCUCGAAAUACAAAGUGACGUCGUUUCUUUACGCCACUGCUCGUGUCGGUCUCCCCGAAGCCUUCAUUCUUCACUCUCUGUCACGCGACCAAUGGGACCGUGAGUCGAAUUGGAUCGGCUACAUCGCUGUCACCUCUGAUGAGACCAGUCAAGCACUCGGUCGCCGUGAAAUCUAUGUGGCUUGGCGAGGCACGACGAGGAGCUAUGAGUGGGUUAAUGUGUUCGAAGCCAAAAUGCAGUCUGCGAAGCCAUUGUUAAGUACUGCAGGCAAGGAAAGGAAUCGCUCUGAACCGAGGACGUGUUGUUUGGUUAAGACUCUGAUACCAUGCAUUCCCGACGAGGGCACGAACAGCAGCAGUGACAGUGACGACGAUGGAAUAACCCCUAAAGUAAUGCAGGGUUGGCUCACAAUUUACAUUUCAGAAGAUCCAAAAUCACCUUACACGAAACUAAGUGCGAGGACCCAAUUCGUAAACAAAAUAAAACAGUUAAAGGAGCAAUACCAAGGCGAGAAUAUCAGUAUCACCAUCACCGGACACAGUCUUGGAGCAAGUUUAGCAAUCGUAAGUGCUUUUGAUUUGGUUGAAAAUGGCGUCACAGAUAUUCCUGUCUCUGCUAUCGUGUUUGGUUCUCCACAAGUUGGAAACAGAGCAUUCAAAGACAGAUUCGAGACCUACCAAAACCUCAAAAUCCUCCACAUCAGGAACAAAAUCGAUAUAAUCACGCUCUACCCAGGAUUAUUGUUGGGGUACGUGGAUAUUGGGACUGAUAUUGUUAUUGAUACAAGGAAGUCACCGAAUUUGAAGGACUCGAAGAACCCAGGUGACUGGCAUAAUCUGCAGGCGAUGUUACAUGUGGUGGCUGGGUGGAAUGGAGAAGAAAAUGAAUUUGAGUUGAGAGUGAAGAGGAGUCUUGCUUUGGUCAAUAAAUCUUGUGAGUUUUUGAAGGAUGAGAACAGAGUGCCUGGUUCCUGGUGGGUGGAGAAGAAUAAAGGAAUGGUGAGAGGUGAAGACGGAGAGUGGUCUUUGGGUCCAGAAGAUGAGGAAGACCUACCUGUCCCUGAAUUUUGAGUAGAGGUUCUCAAUAUAUAUAGCUGUAUAUAUGUGUCGGUGUGUUCCCAUUCUCUGUUCUUCAUUGUGUUGGUUCCUUUUACUACUGUAGAUCCUUAAUACUGAACUACGAUUGUUGAUGUGUGAUCCUACUCUGCAAUUACAGCUUGUAGAUAUAAUUGUAUCGUCACUUUGCAUGACAAUAAUAAAUGUCGUUUUCUUGCAUUGUUAUCCAUAA